AUGUUCGGGCUUGUUGCUCGUGUACUCUUCUUACCGUCUGCCGCUGGCACAGUUUACUGGACAGUGGGCGAUGCAGUCCAGAAGAAAGCCGCAGAUAUUAAGACCUUGCAGGCACGGGCCCCUGAGCUCGGAGAGAUCAAGAGAUCCUGUAGCAUCGCAGACGACUGCCUCAAACAUAACCAAUCGAUCUUAGCGAUCAUCCAACGGGAGCUCGACCAAGUCAAGAGGGUGAUCGAAAGUGCACACAUCCAGCUGGAGGAACAGAAGAAAAGAGUGGAGAAGGCGAGCGAGGACAGGGAAGCUGCCGCGGAUGCAUUGCAGUCCAGCGCCUCGAACGCACAGGAGGCUUCUGCGGACGUGAAGCAGGCCAAGAAAGCCCUCGACGCCUCGCGAGCGGCAGUUUCAGCCAGGACAGCAGUGGUGAGGCAGGCAAACGAAGCUCUCGCGAAUGCUACAGCCCACCUCGAAACCGUCAUUACUGGAAGCGCCCCCGACGAGAUCCCGUCAGCGUACGCCGAUGAGGAGAACAAGCAGACGGCCCUCGACGCUGCGCAGGCUGAGCUAAGAGAAGCAGAGAAACGGGAGGCUGAGGAUUCUAGGACUGCAAGCGACGCAGAGGAAUUGCUCCAGAAGCGGGAGAUCCAGCAGCAGGAGGCGCAGAAAGAUUUCGAUCACGCCAGUGCCACGCUCAGAAGCGCACAGGGGGUGCUCGAGAAGAUGAGAGAAAGAAGCCGCCCUGUCCAGCUCAAGAUAUCUGAGCUGUCGGAAUCACUGGAUGCCCAGAAGUCUAGAGUAGAUGCCCUGACGAAAGUCAGCAACGACUUGCAUGAUGCUGUCAGGAGACUGCAGGACCAGCACGAUGCGGACCAGAGGAGGGUCGCAGACGACUCCCGAUGCAUCGAGAGCCUCCGAGUUGCAGAGGGGCAGGCGCGGCGCGCGGCCGCGGCCUACAACGCCACGCGCCACGCCUACGCCGCAGCGCCGAACGAGUACCUCCUCGGACCAGCCUGGGAGGCCAAGGACAGGCUGGACAAUACCAAGUUCCGCUACCAGUGGCAUGAGCUGCAAAUCAAGUGCGCACCACAGACCUGCCUCGAUCCGCUCAGACCCUGCGCACCUCGUAUUCCAACCUUGGCCAAACCCCUUGGAUGUGAGACGGACACUGGUGGGACCUGCAGAUGGCUAUGGUGCGAUCCUAGUCGGAAUGCGUUUUGUGACCAUGACACUUCGUCCUGCCAGUGCUUGCCAGGCACCUGCGGGAUCAGCGGACAAUGCCAGUCGCGUGGCCCACCACCUGCCGCGACACUGGAGGAGCCCGCGGUGCUUGAGCGCGCCGAGGCAACAUCCAGUGGUAGCCUGAAGAUAUUUGUCGUCAUCUUUGCGGCGAUGGUCGGGAUGACUGCCGCCGCAGCGCAAAAGCGGAGUGGUUCCCGAGAUGCCAUACUAUCCGAGAGGCUCCUUGAUUGA